AUGACGACUCCUACGCCUUCCAUGCUUGCGGCCGUCCAGUCAACCACUCUCCUGGAUGAUGUUUUCAAGGAGGAUCCUACCACCAACGAACUUGAGGAUUUUUGUGCCAAACUCACUGGCAAGGAGGCCGGUCUUUUCGUUCUUUCAGGGACCAUGGGCAACGUGCUUGGGCUGCGCGCCUUGUUGACCCAGCCACCCUACAGCAUUCUUUGCGAUCAUCGCUCUCAUAUAUACAAAUAUGAGGCUGGCGGUGUAACCAACUUAACUGGCGCCACACUCAAGGUCGUCGCGCCCAAAAAUGGCUUGUAUAUGACGCUGGAGGACAUCAAGGCAAACGCAGAUCUCUAUUCGGAUGUUCACACGUGCCCCACGCGCGUCAUCAGCCUGGAGAACACCCUAGGAGGUGUGGUGGUGCCCUUGGAAGAAGCAAGACGGAUUGCCGACUUUGCACGCCAGGCAGGUAACCUCCGAGUCCACUGUGAUGGUGCCCGCUUGUGGGAGGCCGUUGCCUCCGGGGCUGGAUCUCUGAAAGAAUACGGCGCGUGCUUCGACACCAUCAACCUCUGCUUCUCCAAGGGUCUGGGCGCCCCGUGCGGAAGUAUCCUCGUCGGUCCAAAGGACGUCAUUGACAAUGCGCGUUGGGUGCGCAAGUCCAUCGGUGGCGGGCUCCGGCAGAGCGGCGUCCUCACGGCUGCCGCCCGCGUCGCCGUAGAGGAAACCUUUGGCAAGGGCGACAGUGGCGAAGGAGGACUGCUCAAGCACACGCACGCGUUGGCCAAGGAGGUAGAGGCCAUGUGGGUUGCCCUCGGCGGCAAGUUGACCUACCCGGUGCACACAAACAUGUGCUGGCUAGACCUCGACGCGGCCGGCAUCUCGGGGCCCAGGUUUGUGGAGAUUGGGAAAGAGGAGGGCCUGAAGCUGGGACAGGGUAGGAUCAUCACGCAUUACCAGAUUUGGCAGAACAGAGAAGAAGCUAUCCCGAAGCUUAAGCGCGUGUUCGAACGGGCCAUGGCAGAGGCAGGUGGCAAGUCGAGUGGCCAUAGUAAUGGGGGCGAAGCUGGAUCAAAGUCUCAGUACUCAACUAAGUAA